AUGCCUAUCAGCGGUGUCCUUGUAAACGUGCACGACCCUGACUACGUGUUGGCGACGGCCAAAGACGGUGCGCACGUCAAGGUCGAAGGUCAGGGCUUCAACCAUACCGACAAUCAGAGGUGGCUCGCGAAGUACACAUACGACAGAAAAUCAGACUCGCGUCUGUGGUCGGUCCAGAACAAGGAUACUGGAAAUUACUUGUCGUGGAACUCAAGCAUGCAAGUCCUCAUGAGCGACACUGAGCACUGGUGGAAAUUGGUCUUCGUAGGCGAGAAUAUCGCAUUACAAGUUCCCCACGCGUCCAAGGACGAUGAUAGCUACUACACUUUGGAGCUUGAAGACAAUGCAUCGGUGACGUGGCCCGUUGACCGUGGUAUCGUCACCCUCAAGAACCAGACGGGGACUGUCAUCAGCAGGCAGCUGUGGACUCCCGUGGAUAAAUGA